AUUGCUUAUGGCAAAUGUAUCGAUAGUAUUCUGGAAUAGUAAUCCGUGUUCCGGAAAUAUAUAUAUACUUUCGAUAGUGUAAUUCAGGAUUCUGAUUCACCUCUUUGAGCGCUGUGAGUGUGGUGUCGUUGGGUGUUAACUUCAGAGACGUAUGGAACUGUGUCUGUUAAAAGGGAUAAAAGUGUAAUAUAAUUUUCACGCAAUUUGGUUGGACGUUAAGUGGUGUUAGUCUUGGUCGGUCUUGUUCUUGUGAGUGGACGCUGGUUAGGCGUUCGAAAUCCCGUCUUUUCUUUUAAAAGUGUGUUGAAGUAUAUUUACUAUAAACAUGGCGUUACACGUGCCUAAGGCUCCAGGUGUGUCGCAGAUGUUAAAAGAAGGCGCAAAAUAUUUUACAGGAUUAGAAGAAACAGUUUACAGGAAUAUCAGUGCUUGCAAACAGCUUGCUCAAACUCUUCGGACUUCGUAUGGUCCAAAUGGUAUGAACAAAAUGGUUAUUAAUGAUUUAGGAAAGUUGUUUGUCACCAAUGAUGCAGGAACAGUUAUCAGAGAGCUAGAAGUUGAACAUCCUGCUGCUAAAUUGAUGGUUUUAGCAUCUCAAAUGCAAGAGCAAGAAAUUGGUGAUGGAACAAAUUUUGUCAUAAUAUUUUCUGGAGCUCUUCUGGAAGGUGCUGAAGAUCUUCUGAGGAUGGGUCUGACUCCAUCUGAAAUAGUUGAUGGAUAUGAACUAGCUCUAGAAAAAGCUUUGGAAAUUUUGCCCACACUCACAUGCUAUGAAGUUAAGGACUACAGAAAUGAAGCUGAAGUCGAGAAGGGCCUUAGAACCUCAAUUAUGAGCAAACAGUUUGGUAUUGAGGACUUUCUGACAAAGUUGAUUGCAAAGGCUUGUGUAUCCAUCAUGCCAGAUAUGACAACAUUUAAUGUGGAUAAUGUCAGGGUGUGUAAGAUUUCGGGUUCUGGUGUGCAGAACUCAGAAGUUGUACCGGGAAUGGUCUUUAAACGUCAGGUACAAGGUGAUGUCACCAAGAAAUCUGAGGCAAAGGUGGCGAUAUAUACAUGUGCUGUAGAUAUUAUGCAGACUGAGACGAAGGCCACAGUUCUAAUCAAGACAGCUGAUGAAUUGAUGAACUUCAGUCGUGGAGAGGAAAACUUGCUAGAGAAGCAAAUUAAAUCUAUUGCUCUUUCUGGAGCUGAUGUAAUUGUGUCAGGUGCUAAGUUUGGUGAUAUGGCAUUGCAUUAUAUAAACAAGUACAAUAUGAUGGGUGUACAUCUGAAUAGCAAGUGGGAUGUUCGGAGAUUAUGCAAGGCUGUUGGGGCAACACCAUUGCCUAGACUGACACCACCAACUCUUGAUGAACUGGGCUAUGCUGCUUCAGUAUUUGUUGAUGAACUUGCAGAUACUUCUGUAGUGGUAUUUCAUGUUGGUGGCACGGAAUCACGGAUUGCUACCAUCGUAAUUCGUGGUUCUACUGACAGUUACAUGGAUGACAUUGAAAGGACCAUAGAUGAUGGUGUCAACACCUUCAAGGGCAUAACCAGAGAUGGAAGAUUUGUUCCUGGUGCUGGCGCCACUGAAAUUGAAUUGGCACGACAGAUUGCAAGCUAUGGUGAUACACAACCAGGACUAGAGCAGUAUGCUGUGAGAAAGUUUUCCACAGCACUAGAAGCCUUUGCUAGGGCUCUAGCUGAGAAUACAGGAGUGAAAGCCAGUGAAGUGAUCUCAAAACUGUAUGCUGCACAUGAAGAGGGGAAAAAGAAUCAUGGUUUUGACAUUGAGGGAGAAGGGGCUGCAAUUAAAGAUGUUGCUGAAGCUGGAAUUCUUGACCUAUACUUAACAAAAUUCUGGGGCUUGAAAUAUGCUACAAAUGCUGUUAGUACCAUUCUGAAGGUUGAUCAGAUUAUUAUGGCAAAACGUGUAGGUGGUCCCAAACCACCAUCAGGAGAUCGUGGGGCUGCUGAUGAUGACUAAUAAAUUUUGGAUGUCUCCUGACUUUCAUUUCUCUUCAGCUGACACAUUUGAUGUUACAUAGAACUGACCUGUGUUGUUAAAAAAAAAAUGCUGAGUAAAUUUUGGAUGGCUGCUCCUUACCUUAAUUUAUCUUUAGGUGACCCCUAACAUUUGAUAUUAUAUAAAACUAACCUGUGUUAAAAAAUUGUAACAAACUGUUUAUUUUUUAUUUUCAUUCUUUGUUGUCAUUCAUAGUGAUUGUAAUAAUAUAAAUAAUUUGCAAAAUUAAAAGAAUUUACAUUCCUGAUGCAUCUCUUUACUAAAGGGUGAUGUAUUUACAUUUUUAGUCUGAUUCCUUUAUUGUGAAAAAAUGAAAGUAGCCUUUUAAGUUCACUUUGGCAUGUGUCUGUAUGUGCAUCCCCCCCAUCAUCAUCAUCAUCAUCAUCAUUUGAAUGCCUAAACCAAUCUUCAUGAAACCUGGU